UGAUGGACGUAACGCCAACGCAAAUGCGAAUGGAGUUACGGGAUGAUGUUUCGUACGUAUGAUGAGAGGACAUCAUCGUUAACGAGCCACGACGCUGUAGCCCACCAAACACGUUCUUCUCCCGCGUAUUUUUAUAGCUCUCACUCGCGAAAGACCAACGUGUUUCCCAUUAGCUCGAUCACCGAGGAAUUCUUAACGAAGGAAAAUGAGGGGAUGAAAAUCGGUGAAAAGAGGAUAAAAUGAACGGACAAAUCGUGAAAAGGAAGUAUGAACGAUAUCGUUGAUAUCGUUGGGUUCGCGAAGGAGACGACCCUUGGAGGAUCGAGUUCACGGAGAAGGUUCAGACGAAGACGAGAUAUCUCGAGAAAAGUGCGAGAGAGCAGCAAGAUGGCGGAUAGGCACGAAUAGGCGGCGUCCCUACGACGUCGUUGGCUGUAGCGUUGGCCAAUGGUUGCGCGAGGAAGGCCUCGAAAUGCCACGACCACUGCCAGUCGCGAGUUUGCCCGAGAAGCAGGGACGUUGAGAAGCCGGGACAAACACGAGGAGCGCGACGUCGGGGAGACAGGAAUUAAAAUGCGCCCGACGAGCUUCGCCAGUCACCCGUCGACUCGUGCCCGAUAAGGUCGAUGCACGUUACUUCUCCUCUCGUUGCUUCUUCUCUCUGCCUAUUUUCGCGUGGACUGUGACGUCGUCGCCGUCUCUCUCUCUCUCUCUCUCUCUCUCUCUCUCUCUCUCUCUCCCUCUGUGUAAAUAUAUCCAUCCAUGUGAUCGAGAGAUGCGAUGAAUUAACAUGUGUCAGGAUGAGGACAAGAGCUUCAAAGUUCUGUGUUGAGAUCCGUGAGAAAUAGGAGAAGGAAGGCAGAGAUAGAUCGUGCAAAGUACGUUCGAUGGAUCCAUGGAUUUAAUGGACGAACGAUAUUUGUGAUUCUUGAAGAGAAAUCGAGAAUCCUGUUGGAAGAUAAUUAAAAUGACGUUCGUUCGAUAGGUCGGACGAUGCAUUUUUUUCGGUGAAAAAGGUUAAAGAGAUUUUUUGAUCGAACAUGGACGUGGAUUCGAAUAUCGAAGAAACGGAGUUGGACGUUGGUUCAGCGAGCGACGAAUUGGAAACGUCGAUCGCCGAAUCUAAGAUCGCUCGACGUCCAACGCCAAAGCCAUUUACCAUCGAGAGUCUCAUAGGAAGUUGCACGGGUGCAAGAGGGAAUUGUACCGGUGACAUCGGUAUGUCGAAGAACGAAAAGACCAAUGGAAAUGAAGAAGGUAGUGAAAGGGAGAGAGAAUAUCUUUAUCAACGACAUUAUCUUGCGACGGCUGCGGCUGCUACUGCUUUGCCAUCAGGUUUUGGUGUACCGUUGAGUUUGUACGGGGCUUGGCUACCUAUGCGAAUGUAUGGCGGCGGCGGUGGCGGCGGCGGCGGCGCCGGCAGUGCUUCCGGCGUCCCAAUGUUACCGCCACAUUCCUCGGUCAGUUAUCCUUCUCAUCAGGAUUUGCACCAGAAUCGAUUAGCUCACCAUUUGGGAGCCGGUACGAAUCAUCUUCAGGGUGCGGCUUAUCCCAACAACAACACCUUCCAUCGGUCUAUAAAUCAGCGUGGAUCUACCAGUUUCACGGACAGCGACGACGAAGGUAGCAUCGACUCACCGCCUUCUCCUGUUCACGAUCUCUCCAAAUCGAGACUAGGAUCGGAAAAUGGACGAGCCUCUGCCGAGAGCGAAGACGAAGGCGGAGGAACGAGCGGUACUGGCGAGGGACUCGAUACUACCGACGGCUCCGUCAACGGUACCAGAAGCAACGGUUCUCCCAAUGGACAAGGUCACGAAAGUGCCCGUGGAAAUUCCUCGUCUAAUUCGUCGUCCGGAAACAAAGCUCGCCGUAGACGAACUGCCUUCACGUCGGAACAACUUCUCGAGCUUGAACGGGAGUUCCACGCUAAAAAGUAUCUCAGUUUAACGGAGAGAUCGCACAUAGCGCAUGCCCUUAAGCUUUCCGAGGUCCAGGUCAAGAUCUGGUUUCAAAAUCGUCGAGCAAAGUGGAAGAGAGUCAAAGCUGGGCUCAAUGGCAGCGGAGGAAUCGGCUCGAACGCUUCGUCGAUGUCAAACUCGGGCGCAGCCGGUGGCCGUCACGGUGGAAGUACCGGACAACAUACCGGAAACGGUACGAGAAUCGUCGUACCAAUACCGGUUCACGUGAGUCGAUUGGCCGUGAGAUCGCAUCAUCAUCAUUUGGAGAAAUGUGCAAGACCAGCGCGCAUAAGAACGACUACGACGACGACGACGACGACGACUGCAACGUCUACGGCAGGAGCAGGGGGGGCGACUGUGAACGAAGUUUGUGCGACUUCGUCCUCCUCGAUUCUCGUUUCCGACGCUAUGGGUUUGGUGAGCUCCUCGAUGAACUUACCCAGUCAAUUGCAAAGUUCACCUUUGGCCGUAGGCGUUGGAAUCGGCGUAGGCGUCGGAUUAAGGGCCUUCAGCGUGCCAGCUCAUCGGGAUGGACUCAAUUCGGCUGGAAGGUAGUGAACGCUCGAAUCGCGAUCGCUAUCGCUCACAUCUUCUUUUACUUUUUAUCAGGAUAACGUUGUUACAUAUACAUUCCCUUCGGCGCAAUAAUUACCAUCUACCUGCUACCGUGAGUCUGAAA